AAAAAAAAUCAUGAAAUUGAGAUUUAAUUAGGAGACAUUAGUCAUUUUACUGUGUAUAGUUCAAGAAGGUUUGCCAGGAAACAUUCUUUGAAAUCUUAACAGUAAUCAAUCUCCUAGAGCAGAAAAUCCGCCAUUGUUGCUGCUAGCUUAAGCUCCAAAUUGCUUAGUUUUCUUCAAAAAUGUCGUCGAUUUCAUGCUCAAAACUCACAAUCUGGACGAUAUUUGCCAUGGUAUUGCAAAUUGCAGGCCUAUACCUCUUCGUCCUCGGUUUCUUCCCCGUCAAGCCUGUUCUCUCCGGCUCCAGUGGUCCUGAGAGUUUUCAACCUCCUGGAAUCGAUUCGUUUGAAGAUUUCAAUGUCUCCUCAAUGAAUUCCGAUGAUCUUCGUUCUCUUUAUCUGGAGUUAUCAGAUGUCCCUCCACUGUAUAGCAGAUUAAUUCUCAUGGUUGUUGAUGGUCUUCCAGCAGAAUUUGUGCUUGGGAAGGAUGGAGAACCUCCUACUAAAGCUUUUAUAGAUGCUAUGCCCUACACUCAUUCGUUAUUAGCAAACAAUAUGGCAAUUGGGUAUCAUGCCAAGGCUGCACCACCAACUGUAACGAUGCCUCGCUUGAAGGCUAUGGUUUCUGGUGCUAUUGGUGGAUUCCUGGAUGUAGCAUUGAAUUUUAAUACACAGGCUUUUUUAGAUGACAAUCUUCUGGGCCAGUUUUUUAGAAUAGGCUGGAAAAUGACAAUGUUUGGUGAUGAAACUUGGCUGAAGUUGUUUCCAAAGCUAUUUACUAGGCAAGAUGGAGUUAGUAGCUUCUUUGUCAAGGACACUGUAGUAGUGGAUCUCAACGUGUCUCGACAUUUGCCUGAAGAACUUUAUCAGGAUGAUUGGCAUCUCAUGAUCCUUCAUUAUUUAGGAGUGGACCAUGUCGGACAUAUCGGUGGACGGAAAAGUGUCCUGAUGCCCCCAAAAUUACGGGAGAUGGAUGAUGUGAUCAAGAUGAUUCAUUUGAAUAGUGUUCUUUCCAGUGACAGCAAGCAAGGAGAUACCCUUCUGCUUGUGGUCAGUGAUCAUGGCAUGACUGAGAGCGGGAAUCAUGGUGGCUCUGCAUAUGAAGAAACUGAUUCUUUGGCUCUUUUUAUUGGUGCCAGUUCAAAAGCUCCUAGAGAUAAUGUGUCAGCAAUUCAAGAUACCAUGAAUCAGGUUGACAUUCCUCCUACACUAGCUCUUCUUUUUGGUGUGCCAAUUCCCAAGAACAAUGUUGGAGUUGCCAAUGUGGACUGUUUGCUGUCUUUAGCAGAUGGACGGCUGCUGAGGGCGCUUGAAUUGAAUUCAUGGCAACUACUGAGGUUACUUAAAGCCCAGUUGCCUGGUUUAUCAUGUGUUGCUUUAGAUUCUGGUGACCAUGUUGAUACUAGAUGGUCCAACAUAAGUCAAUGCAGUGGCGCUACUGAAGAAAUGUUUUGUUGCCUAUACUCUAAAGCUGCUGCACUUCACACUUUCUGGAAGUCUACUGCUUCAAGUUCUGAUGGUAGCCACCACUACAAUUACACUGUCACUGCAUAUUAUGACUUCCUGAUGACUGCAAGUGAGUGGUUGACUCGCAAGGUCACUGAUAAACCUGUUGGUCAACUUGCUUUAGGUAUUUUGGCAAUGGUCUUUUCUUCUCUAGUAUUUCUGAGACUUCUGUUCUUUUUGCGAAGAGACGAAUGCCUAAAAGGGAAUCAAGGGUUCAAGGACAUGAAAAGUAGUAUGCACAACUGGAGUCUAGAGGAGAUUUUUGUUGUGUCUGUGAUUGUUAUUCUUGUUGUGAGCAUGGGAUCUAGUUCUAUGGUAGAAGAAGAGCAAUAUAUUUGGCAUUUUCUGACAUCAACACUGUUCUGGAUUCUAAUCCGUAAGAUGAUUAAAUCUUUUCCUGUAGGAGAGCGAGACAGACUUAAUAAAAGCAACUACGACUCAUGUUUCUCACAAGUGUGUCCAAUUCUUGUUAUGCUCAUUUGUGGUAGGAUCAUAAGAGCUUGGCAUCAGGGUGGUGUGAACUGGACGCAUCUAUCUGACAUAUCAAAAUGGCUUGAGCAAGCAGGAAGCAAUAUAAAAAAGGCAAUCAGAGUGGUUUCCUGCAUCUUAGUGACCAGCUUGAGCUUAUUUUCAUUUUCUAGGUCAAGGUUGAAUAGAGUUUUCCGCAACCUCCUCCAGUUCUGCUUUCUACUGUCAGGAUGUUUAGUUUUACAACAUAUUAUGAUAUAUCAGGAUAAUAUGUUGCUUGUAUCUGGUCAUGGUGCAACCUUUAUGGCUCAAAUAGUCUACGCUGUUCUGAGCAUAGCUACGGGCUUCACUGUAUUAGCCUCUCCAUGGCUUUCUCCUGUCUCCAUUUGUAAAGAUUCAACAUCUUAUAGCCAGUUAGCUGGUUCUCAUUCAGUUAAGAAUCAGAUGAUCCAUCUGUCAGAAGGGUUCAAAGAGUCUAUCUAUUUAAUUGGAUGGGCAUACAUGAUUUCCUGGUCUCUGCUGCAGCUUUUGUUGCAGCAACCAAUCAACUCAAUGCCAGUUUUUUUGCUGCUGCUGCAGAUCUCUGCAGCGAUGAUGUACUUUUUCAAUGAUGGAGCAAAUCGAAAGCCAUGGGUUGAGGUUGCAAUAUUAUACUUUAUUGGGAUGACUGGCCAUUUUGGUCUCGGCAAUAGCAACACUCUUGCCACCAUUGAUGUUGCUGGAGCUUUCAUUGGCAUCUCAAGCCACUCAACCAUACUUUCUGGUAUACUGAUGUUCUGCAUCACUUAUGCGUCUCCGAUAUCAGUGCUUCUUUCUUUGAUGAUAUACAUCUCUUUGAAAGAUGAGAGUGUUAAUGUGCUGGACCAUACCAUGGAAUUUGGGCAAUUGCUGAAGUCGGAGCUUGCUAUUCCAUUUCUUGUUCCACUGGGAAUAAAUUCUGUUCUCUUAUCAGCAUAUACUAUCGUAUUACUCCAGAUGAGGAACCAUUUAUUUAUUUGGAGUGUCUUCUCUCCCAAGUACCUGUAUGUAUGUGCAACAACAGCUUGUGUAUAUAUCGGCGGUUUUAUCGUGGCUUCAACUGUGCUUUACACAUCCUUGGUGUAUACUUUGCGUAGGAAGAGGGUUGUCUCUGUCAGAAAUAGUACAAAGAGAAGUGAUUGACCAAUAUUCAUCUCUAUGGCCUCAUCAGGUCAGACCAUGUUAAUUAUCUUACACACUGUAAUUCCUGUAGAACCACAAAAAUUUGAAGUGCUGUAGGAAAUCCUGAAUCCUGAAUCCUCACCCAAACCCUUUUCUGCGUUCACUGUACUUGGGAGGAUCUUUGCCCAAGAUUUUUUCAGGGAGCAACAUAGGCCAACGUUGACUGUUAGAGCUCUGGAAUAUUAAAGCAUUCUGUUACUGAGGAAAGUAAGAAGUUUGCUUGAUCUACCGAUUUGACACUGUAAUCCUUGUGUUUCAGAUAGGUUUGAAAUGACUUUCACUACUACAUCCUGGUCUUAUCAAUCAGGCUAGCUAACAUCUUUUUCUUUCUUCAUUCGUCUUUCUCUGCUGAGGCGUCGUGUACUUGAAGUUUGAAAUGGAAGAAAUAGAUAAGAAAAUUUGGUGUUCCAAUCCAUCAUUUUAUACAUCACUUUCAUUCUACGUUAUCUACUUAACUGAACACAGGUAUCAACAUUAGGCUUCCGUAGUUUCAUUUGUGCAUUAUUUCUUUGUUACACUGUUUGUUCGUUCAUUGAAUGUAUGCCGUCUGAUUGUAACAAACUAACAAUCUGUUGUACCAAUGUAUACUCUGUAUUAUUGCAAAACCUUUACUUCACUUUUGACCUA